AUGUUGAAGUCGUUUCUCAACCAGAAUUUUACCACGAUCGAGGAUCUGGCGUCCAUUGAUCAGGUUAUAAAACGCAUAGAGGGCGAAAGGCUUUGGCUGAAGGAGCAGGCGAGCCCCGAAGGCAAGCAAAACCAAUGGGACCUAGCCGGGUCUCUGAUUCAACAGCUUGAGACCAUAGUAGACCAAGACGACGUCGCAGCCAUUGAUGAACUUAUUCAAAAAUACGGAAAAAUAGAGCUAUUGACGAGCGCAAAACAAGAAUUGAGCAAGAAGCUCAUUUUGAAAAAUAUAAAGACGCUCUACGAUAAGUAUCUUGAUCUAACUGAUAAACUGAACGAUUUCGAGCUUUUGGAGCUGCCCAGACUGAAAAUAGACGACGCAAUUGGCCAUCUGGAGGAGUUACGCACAGAGGUGGAAGCUUACGAGAAGACAGAGACUGAUGAUCCAAGCUCGGCUGCAAGUCACACCGAGUAUGUCGAUCUUCUCCAGUCAAAGUUUCAGUCGGUUGCGGGAGGCGAGUUGAAAGAAAGACUUACGUCCGAGUUUAAAUCUCUCAUACGCGAAUGGGACGACGAACAGAAGAUAAGGACAAAGGACAUCGCUUCCAUGAGAAGGAGCUUUGGACAACUCGUUCGCUUGCAAUCCAUCUACAAUCUAGGAGACCAGAUAGACACUUUCUGGGCACUCGACUGUUUGGCCUCCAACUUCAAGGUGAAGUUCGUGUUCCAUUUUGAAGGCUCGAGCGAGACCAAUAGACUUAACAAGCCGGAAUACGCCUUGAAUUACCUUCAAGCUUAUUUAAAGAAGAGCGUACCCGCGGUGGAGAAACUUUUUGGUAGCACAUUCAAACAAUAUUUCCCUGACAAGAGCCUAAAGAAGAAUUUUAUUAUCUCCCUCCUCAGCCCAGUGAAGCAGAAAUUUGACAGGGAAAUGGACUCAGUCUCCAAGCACGAGGGUCUUCUUAGUCACUUGAUUUUGGAGCUACAAAAAUUCGACCAGAACUUGAGCAAAACAUACAACUUCACGCCAGUAGAGCCAGAAUAUACGCGACUGCUGACCUCUUCUCUCAUUCUAUCAAACGAGGAUGUGUUCAACUUGUGGCUCAAUAACGAGAAAAACUUUGUAAAUCACAGAUACGAAGAGAUUAUUAGCAAGAAGGACGCUUUUGCAAUUGAUAAGGAUUUUGUGGAGAACGGCAAGACAAAGCCUACUAGGUCGGCAAUCAAUUUGAAAAGCUUGCUCGAAGGCAUUAGCGAUAACUACGCGAUGUUGCCAACGAAGUUCCAGGUGAAGUUUCUGAGCGAAGUGCAGCUGAGACUACUAAAUCUGUAUUUUGCCAAUUUGAAGCAAGGAUUCAAUGCCCUAGACACUAUAAUUCAUGGCAAGAUCAACGACGAGGUGUCUGCUCUGGGGCGCAUCUGCCGCAUCUGGUGUUCGUCCAAGUAUAUCAUCGAGACGAUGGCCACCUGGGGAGAAUCAAUUGUUUUUCUUGAGCUGUGGAGCUCAAUAAAUGGCAACUCCCGACUGGACACAACGUUUUUCGACUCCGUUAUCAAGGGAUACAACAAGGAGCUGAUGACACAGCUUCCGCGCAAGAUCCACGCCUACUUUGAGCGGGAGCUGAACAAGACGAUGAAGUCGUACUUUAUAAGCCACAGCUCGUGGGCCACAAUCUCCGAAAUGGAGCCAGGUCCUUCCCGCGAGCUGGACGUGACUCUUGCAGCUUUGAAGAACGACUUGACGUAUUUACGCACAGUGGUGUCCUACAGCGAUUUUCUCAAAAUUCAGCUUGUUCUCUCGGACGCCGUAACGAGCUACUUUGAGAAAAACGUCAUAUAUUGCAACAAGUUCAGUGUGGGUGGUGCUCUGCAACUGGAAGCAGAUUACAACGAGUUCUACCAAUCGCUUGGGUUGCUGCGCGACAAUGCACAUUUUGGCAAAACCCAGGAGAUUAUCUCCGUGCUCAAGUGCCAGAGCAUCUCUGAGGUUUAUUCCUUGCCCUUCAGAUGGCUCAAGGAGUACCAGGUUAACGAACUGGUGUCGCGCAAAAACCUCUAG